CAUUACAUUGUUGUGUGCACACAACCCACUCCUCUGCACACUUGCAAGACUUGUUGUGAUUUUCUUACACGUUUGUCUGGAGUCGUCCAUCUAGCACAAGCUGACAGAACUGAGGUUUGAGGAAACAUGAAGAGCUGCUUGUCUUUGUUGGUCUGUGUGGCAGCUCUGACUGCAUGGCACGUCACUGCAGAUGCCAAGGAGUUAUCCAUCACCACCAUACAGGAGGACCCAUACACAAUGAGCAAAGGCCCCGGGCUGGAGGGAUACUGCAUCGACAUGAUCUCCGAGCUCUCAAAGAAAAUGGGCUUCAAGUACAAAGUUCAUUUGGUGAAGGACAGCCGCUACGGAGCCAUGGACUCCAACGGGAACUGGAACGGCAUGAUCGGAGAGGUCAUCAGAGGGGAAGCAGACCUGGCUGUGGCCCCGCUCACCCUCACAGCGAUCAGAGAGCAGUUUGUGGACAUGACCACGCCCUUCAUGCAGACUGGGAUCGGCUUCAUCCUGCGCAAAGACGUGGCCUCGCAGGGGAGCGGCUUCAGCCUGCUGUCACCUUUCUCCACCGACAUGUGGGCCGGGGUCCUCAUCGCCUUCCUGCUCACAGGGGUCUGCAUGUUCCUGAUGGGCAGGAUCAGCCCCUCUGAAUGGUCAGAGCCAGACAAAGAGCAGCACAGCUUCACUCUGCUGCAUAGCUUCUGGUACAUCACAGGAGCUCUGACUCUGCAAGGUGCCGGUCCUCACCCUAAAGCUCUGUCUGGACGACUCGUCAGCGCCUUCUGGUGGUUGUUUGCAAUACUGCUGUUGGCCUGCUACUUUGGCAACUUCAACUCUAUGUUGCACUCAAAUGAGAAGCACGUUUCCAUCAAGACCUUUGAGGACCUGGCCAACCAGGAUGUGAUCAAGUAUGGCACUGUGGAUGGCGGGUCCACCAAGGCGUUCUUUAAGUAUUCAAACAACCCUGUGUACCGGCGGUUAUACGAGACUAUGGAGCGUAAGAAGAGCUUCGUGCCCAACAUGGGGGAGGGGGUCCGCCGGGCUCAGGAGGAAAACUUUGCUUUCAUCGGUGAAGCCGUGUCUCUGGACCUGGCUGUGGCUCGGUACUGUUCACUGAUCCGUGCACAGGAAGUCAUCGCCAUGAGAGCGUACUCCAUUGCUGCACCUCUGGGUUCCCCUCUUGUUAAAAACCUGACCAAUGCCAUUCUGCAGCUCAGCGAGUCCGGGGAGCUGACCUACCUGCGUGACAAGUGGUGGGCCAGCAGCUGUUUGGGUACAGACAGCACCCCUGCCUCUGAGGCCCUGCACUCCAAAGACCUGAGGGGCCUCUUCCUCAUGCUGGGUCUGGGACUGGCUGUCGGGCUCCUGCUGGCCCUGUUGGAGCUCCUCUCCAAGGCUCGCAACCAGGCCAAGGAUGGCAAAAAAUCGUGUUGCUCGGUGUUGACAUCAGAGUUGAGCCAGAGAUUUGGCAGAGGAGGGGAGAGCACAGAGGGGGACAGCUCGGACAAAAGCAAAGCCUAAAGUGGAAGUUUACAUGUUAGCCUGAGCCCUGCUUCAUAAGACACACCGGCUCUUUGUUUGUGUAGCUAGCAGAAUGUAUAGUCAUCGUUCAGGCUGCUCUGUACUCGCUUAGUGAACAUUAACUCGCAGCUGCAGAGUAUUUAGCACAGAUCAAAAGGAAAUAGAGCUAGCAGAUAUUAAUCACUUUGAUAGCUAGCUUGCUGCUCAGUUCAGUUUUUAUUAUGAGACAUUCACAUCACACCCUCUCACUAAUGUUCCUACUGUAUAUUUCAUCCUGAACUGUCAUCAUUUUGUAACUGUUUCUAUUGGCUCUGAAUAAAGCCUGUUUUCUCCCCGA